GCACCCACUCGCUCUCCGCAGGUGUGCAUCGUGCAGAAGUGCGACACGAAGCAGAUGUUCGCCAUGAAAUACAUGAACAAGGCUCAGUGCGAGGCCAGGGAGGCGCUAAGUAAUGUGUUCAGGGAGAUCGAAAUACUCGCCAGCCUCAAUCAUCCAUUCCUCGUCAACCUCUGGUUCAGUUUCCAAGAUUCCGAGGAUAUGUUCAUGGUAGUAGACCUGUUACUGGGCGGUGACCUGCGUUACCACGUCCAGCAAGGCGUCCAGUUCACUGACCAGGCUGUCAGACUCUAUAUCUUAGAAGUGGCUUCUGCCCUCUCCUACCUCCACGCCAGGCAUAUCAUCCAUAGAGACAUCAAACCUGAUAACUUGCUUCUGGACGAAGAAGGUCACGUCCAUCUGACUGACUUCAACAUCGCUACUGUCUUGAGACCAGGUCAACUCGCCACGUCGAUGUCGGGCACCAAGCCCUAUAUGGCGCCGGAAGUGUUUGAGUGUGUGGCGGACACGUGCGAGGGUUACUCCUAUCAGGUAGACUGGUGGUCGCUCGGGGUCACCGCCUACGAAGUGCGGAGGGGCAAGAGGCCCUUCGACAUCCACUCCAACACUUCCCUUCAUGACAUCCGCCGCAUCUUCCAGCAGGCACCCACCUUCCCUUCCUCCUGCCACACUGGACUCGUACAUGUCAUCUCCAAGCUGUUGACGGUGAGUGUGGAGAAGCGUAUCCAGUGUUUAGAUCAACUGAUGCAGCUUCCCUACGCUGCUACCAUCACUGCUGACGACGUCAUCAAGAAGAGAGUCAAGCCUGUCUUCACACCGCCGAAGGACCACCUAAACUGUGAUCCAACCUUCGAGUUGGAAGAGAUGAUCAUAGAGUCUAGACCUCUACACAAGAAGAAGAAAAGACUCUCGAAACAAAAAAGCAUCAGGGAGACGCAGAGUUCUAUAUCCGGCACCACUGAAGGGGAAGCCGUCGUGUACGAGAGGAUGCUGGUGUUUAACAGAGAACUGGAGGAGAAGAAGAGAGAAAGAGAGAAGAGAGAAGCAGAGUGGCAGGCAGAACUAGAAGAGAGUAUGAAACUUUCUGACCCUACGGGUCACGGUAAGAAGUAG